CAACGAGCAUCACAGUGCUGAAGUGACAGAAUCAGGGUGCCAUCUGCAGCCGAGGACAGGAGCCCAGCGCCCAGCUCUCGCUGUCCAGGGCCAGACCGUAAGGUAAGAAGAGACCGGCAAUUACCCUGGAUGGUUUCCACCACUGUAUGCACGUAAGUGUCUGCAGCAAAGCAAACUGCGAGCCAGCGCGGAGACGGAGAAGACCAGGGAGUGGGCGCUGCUCGAGACCCUCCCGCUCCGCCCAGGUCUCCCUUCAGCACCACCCUGGAAGCUCUGCUCCAGGUGCAGAAGAGCACAGGAUUGAGCUCACUGCGUCUACCUUUAGACUGGCACGUCAACACAAGGACUGCUUCUGACGGUCUCUGGCUCCAAACACUUAAAUGUGCUUAUUCACCUCUGCACGGGACAGUCACUGGUGGGAGGAAACGCCUGGUGACAGUGGCCCAGGGCGCUCUGAUAAAGGCCGCCGGCAGCGUGAGGCCCUUACCGCCUGUCUCCGCGGUGCUCUUCUUGUUCAGGAUCUUCAGGAUGUCCCUGGUGAUCUUCUUCAGCUGGUGCCGCGCCUCCUCGCGCUCCUUGCCCACGCCGUAGAGCAGGAUCGUGCGCUGGUUACACUCGUGACUCGAAGACUCGUCCUGGAAAGCAGAGCACGUGGGGCAUCCGAGCGCCGUGCACGGGCCGGCUGCCCCGCUCGCCCCUGAAGCCCCCCAGCAGCAUUUGCAGGCGGCCGGCAGGCUGGACCACACCCUGCAGACCACCUCCACCUGCGCUGGCCAUGCUUUCCAGUCUGGACCUUGCUAAAGCUUAAGAAGACAAAGGCGUCAACCAACCUGACGUCUUAAUAGGAGCAUCUGAUGAGGGCGAACUCCACAGAAACGCUCUAGACUUCACUGAUGAAACCUCUGCAAAUUCUCUAUCACCAAGAUGUCUGGCAACUAAACUAAGACGCCAACAGGAAGACACCAGGAGCCAGUCUGCAAGCCGCGCUGAGCUCCAUUCCUGGAGACAUCCAAGCCCGCAGCACCGGCCGGGAACCAGGUGGCAGAGGAAAUGCUAGCCGGGGACAACCUCACCUCUGUCCCGGGCAACGGCAGCCUGUGCGCCCGGGACCACAAGAUCACCCAGGUCCUCUUCCCGCUGCUCUACACCGUCCUGUUUUUCGCUGGACUCAUCACCAACAGCCUGGCCAUGAGGAUUUUCUUUCAAAUCCGCAGUAAAUCCAACUUCAUUAUUUUUCUUAAGAACACCGUCAUUUCCGAUCUCCUCAUGAUUCUGACUUUUCCAUUCAAAAUCCUCAGUGAUGCCAAGCUGGGCCCCGGGCCCCUGAGGACCUUCGUGUGCCAGGUCACCUCUGUCGUCUUCUACUUCACCAUGUACAUCAGCAUCUCCUUCCUGGGCCUGAUAACUAUUGACCGCUACCAGAAGACCACCAGGCCCUUCAAGACGUCCGGCCGCCACAGCCUGCUGGGGGCCAAGGUUCUCUCUGUGGUCAUCUGGGCCUUCAUGUUCUUACUGUCCCUGCCCAACAUGAUCCUCACCAACAGAAGGCCGAGGGACAAGAACGUCAAGAAGUGCUCUUUCCUCAAAUCAGAGUUUGGCCUGGUCUGGCAUGAGAUCGUCAAUUACAUCUGCCAAGUCAUCUUCUGGAUCAACUUCCUAAUUGUCAUCGUAUGCUACACGCUCAUCACAAAAGAGCUCUACAGGUCCUACGUCAGGACCAGGGGCGCAGGCAAGGCGCCCAGGAAGAAGGCGAAUGCCAGGGUCUUCAUCGUCAUCGCCGUCUUCCUCCUGUGCUUCGUGCCCUUCCACUUCGCCCGGAUCCCCUACACCCUGAGCCAGACCCGGGAGGUCUUCGACUGCGCUGCUGAGAACACCCUGUUCUACGUGAAGGAGAGCACCCUGUGGCUCACCUCCUUGAACGCCUGUCUGGAUCCCUUCAUCUACUUCUUCCUCUGCAAGUCCUUCAGGAAUUCCUUGAUAAGUAUGCUCAAGUGCCCCACUUCUGCACAGUGUCCAUCCCGAGGAGACAGGAAGAAAGCAGAGGGUGCUGGUGACCCAAGCCAAGAGACUCCAAUGUAAGAGAGUCACCCAGGGGGCCGCCUCAGCCCACCAGGGUCCAGAACUCCUCCACGGAACGCACCAGCCAACCACAACCCUGACUAGGAAGUGGCGGAGCAGUCGGUAGUCCCGACUCCUGGAAACAGUGGCGGAGACUAAGGAGCCAGCUUUGCCCACUCUCCCAGCGUGGAUGCCUGCUUUGAAGCUGGACAGUGCAACCGAGCUUCCUGGUGCCACGCUGCAGGCGGAGCAGAAGACAUGAUCUGCAAAACAACUACUGGAUAACAACUACCGCGGGUGCCAAAUGCAUUGCUGAUCUCGACUGUGUGAUUCAUGACCCAUGAAAAGGAAUGACCAAUCUGAUACAAUCCCCUGACCAAAAAUGAUACCCGUUAAGAUAAGAGUACAUCCUAGUCCCCUACCCAAACCCAGACCUCCUGUGAUCCUUGGAAAAUCUUCAGUAGGUACACAAAUAUAAUAACCACUGGCUUAAUAUUACCAAAAUCCAUACAGAUUUAAAUGAAUUGAAAUGGUAUUUAAUGGAACUGAAUUGUUUGAAAUGUUUGUUAGGACAAUAGAGACUUAAGGUAAACCAUUCCAAUAAAGAACAGUUAUAUCUAAUAAAAUCAUUAAAGAAAGGACAGUUACUUUUACAAUAUUAUAAUACUAAAAAAAUUAUACUAGUAUUUCCUUAACACUAAAGAAGAAAGUUUUCUAAUAUUUUGACAACUUCGAUGAAUACAAUAACAUCAACACUUAACCUUUAUUAACUAGCUUCUAGAAAUACUUGCUACUUGGGUUAAUAAACAUUUUCCCUUAGUAAGAAAAAUGAACUAAAUAUGAUUACAAAGUUGUAUUGCUUAACUACUAAGUGAAAGUGACUGAACUUUUUGGGAUUAACCUGUUUGCAUUUGUGUGUAUAAUAUAAAAAUUCAUAUUA